AUGGCAAUGAACAUUCCUGGUGGAAAUCCAUGGGGUCCAAGGGCAGCUGGUAAUCCGUUCCUCGCAGGCACCCGACCGGUGAUUGCGGACUUAGCUAUUGCGGCACUUAAGGAUCGGGAAUCAAAAAGACGUAGGAGGAUUUGCCCUCAGUUUAACCCAAACCGGUCGCUUUUUCUUCUCUCGAAGAGAAAUCCUAUUCGGCGUUACUGCCUUAUGAUUGUUGAUGCCAAACCUUUUGAAUUCUUCAUUCUCGCAACCAUUCUUGCCAAUUGCAUUGCUCUGGCCAUCAAUCACCCCUACCCCAUGGGGGAUUACAACGCCACAAAUGUUGCGCUGGAGAAGACAGAACUGGUCUUUCUCAUCAUCUUCACGACUGAAGCCGUGUUAAAAAUCAUCGCCUACGGCUUUGUUCUACAUCCAGACGCCUAUUUACGAAAUUUCUGGAAUGUUCUCGACUUCUCUAUUGUUGUGAUUGGACUGGGCUCCAAAUGUCUCGAAAAUACCAAGUUGGAUGUGAAAUCGUUGAGGGCUUUCCGUGUUCUACGACCACUUCGACUGGUGUCGGGUCUUCCAAGUCUGCAGGUUGUGCUCAAUUCGAUUGUCACUGCCAUGGUGCCAUUGUUUCACAUCUUCCUCUUGGUGAUUUUCCUCAUCAUCAUUUACGCCAUCAUUGGACUGGAGUUGUUCCAGAGCAAGCUGCAUGCCACUUGCUACCUUGUUCAGGAAAAUACCACCUACACCAUGAUGGACAAUCCACGGCCCUGUUCAAACAGCUCCUACUCUAUGGCUUUCAAUUGCUCUGAGAUUGGACCGAACUACGUGUGUCGAGAUUUGCCACCCGAGUUAGGUGAACGCUAUGUGGGGCCUGAGGAUGGCUUGGUGAAUUUUGACAACUUUCUCUACGCCAUGCUCACUGUUUUCACCUGUGUCACCAUGGAGGGUUGGACCACUUUUGGCGCCUAUAUAGCUGCCGCAGUCGGUCAUUGGUGGCCAUGGAUAUACUUUGUCAGUCUCAUUCUUCUGGGCUCCUUUUUUGUCAUGAAUCUCGUUCUUGGUGUCUUGAGUGGAGAAUUCACUAAAGAGAAGGAUAAGACAGAUCGGAAGGAAUUAUUCCGAAAGGAGCGCCAGCAAAAGAGGGAACAACAGGACUAUGAAAAUUAUAAGGAGUGGAUUGAAAUUGCAGAGGACCUUUCGGAAUCAGAGGCCGAGGCGAAAAGCAACAAAGAAUUGGAAUCUGGUCUUAUGGACGGGAAAAUUGUGGAGGAUCAGGAGGCCACAAACGAGCCAACCGCCAGGUCCCAGUGCUGUGAAGGAAUGCGUCGAUUGAAGAAGUUCCGAAAACGCCUUCGACGGGUGAUAACGGCGUUUGUAAAGAGUCGCCAAUUCUUUGCUCUAAUCCUCACCUUUGUGUUUCUCAAUACCAUUGUUCUGGUCACUGAGCAUCACAACCAACCACUCUGGCUCAAUCAAUUUCAAAAUUUUGCCAAUGUGCUGUUUGUGAGCCUCUUCACUCUGGAGAUGAUCAUCAAGAUGUGCGCCUAUGGCAUUCAGGACUACUUUGCAACUCUCUUCAACCGCUACGAUUUUUUCGUCGUUGUCGUCUCCAUUCUGGAGAUUAUCCUCACCUAUAUAGGUGUUAUCGACCCAAUGGGACUCUCGGUGUUGCGUUGUGCUCGCCUCCUACGCAUCUUCAAAAUCACCCAUUACUGGGCUGGUCUACGGGGUCUUGUCAACCGUCUGCUGAAAUCGAUAAAGUCGGUUGCCGGUCUGCUGCUUCUCCUCUUCCUCUUCAUUCUCAUCUGCUCCCUUUUGGGUAUGCAGUGGUUCGGUGGUACCUUCAAUUUUCCUAACACCGACAAACCCAGAAGCCACUUUGAUGGCAUCGCCCAGUCCAUGAUCACUGUGUUUCAGAUGCUGACCGGUGAGGAUUGGAACGCUGUGAUGUACAAUGGGAUGCGUGCCUACAAAGCUGAUGGUCCUUUGUUCGCUUUCGUGGUUAUUUACUUCGUCAUCGUCUUUGUUGUUGGAAACUACAUUCUACUGAACGUCUUCUUGGCUAUCGCUGUGGACAAUCUGAGCGAUGAAGAUGAAGAUGAUGAAGAAGGCGGGAUGGAUGACGACAACGACGUUGACGAUCAUCCCGGAUCUUCUGCAGCUGCCAAGAAAGCUGCAGAGGCAGCUGCUAACGCGAAAGGUCCAUUAGAUGCCUACAUGGAGAUGAACUAUGAAGAGGUAUUUGCCGAAGAGGAGGAACCGGAUGAUGGCAAUCUGGCCUCCAAGUUGGAACAAAUGGAGAUAAAUAUGGCAAAUCCGCAAACAAUUCCUCCCUACUCGGCAUUCUUUAUCUUCGACCCGACAAACAAAUUUAGGAUCUUCUGCCACAACAUUGUUUCCUCGCCAAUCUUCACGAAUCUUGUUCUCGCCUGCAUUCUCAUCAGUUCAGCCCUACUUUGUGCUGAAGACCCCUUAAAUACAUAUUCGUUGACUAAUCGGAUUCUAAAUUACUUUGAUUACUUCUUCACAAGCGUCUUCACAAUUGAGAUCACACUAAAGAUGAUUGCUCAUGGUUUCAUAAUGCACGAAGGUGCCUUCCUGCGAAGUAUGUUCAACCUUCUCGAUUUGAUCGUCGUCUUUGUCGCGCUAAUCUCCUUCAUGUUGGAAAAUGAGGCAAUUUCGGCGGUCAAAAUUCUUCGGGUGUUGCGUGUGCUUCGACCUUUGCGGGCCAUUAAUCGAGCCAAGGGUUUGAAGAACGUGGUGCAAUGCGUGGUCACAGCCCUGAAGAGCAUAGGCAACAUUAUGCUGGUGACAGUCCUCAUUGAAUUUGUCUUCGCAGUCAUCGGAGUGCAGCUCUUUAAGGGGAAGUACGUCUCUUGUAACGAUCCCUCCAAACUCACCGAACAAGACUGCAAGGGCUUCUUCAUCGAAUAUGAACACGGACGACCAGCUGAUGUGGUAGAGAGGGUGUGGACCCACUCGGAAUUAAACUUUGACAACGUCGCGAAUGCCAUGUUGACCCUCUUCGUGGUCCUCACCUUUGAGGGAUGGCCACCAAUUCUCUACGCAGGCAUUGAUUCCAACGAGGAGGACAUGGGACCACUACAGGAUCAUCGAAAGUACAUUGCUCUUUACUUCAUCAUCUACCUCAUCGUUGCCUCCUUCUUCAUGGUGAAUAUCUUCGUCGGUUUUGUCAUUGUCACCUUUCAACGCGAGGGCGAACGCGAAUACAAGAAUUGCGAACUGAACAAAAAUCAGCGUAAAUGCAUCGAGUACGCGUUGAAGGCUCGACCGCGGCGGCGUUACAUUCCCAAGGGCCAUCUUCAAUACAAGAUCUGGUCCAUGGUGGUGUCACGAAAAAUGGAGAUCACCAUUUUUACGUUCAUCUUCUUGAAUACAGUUACGCUAGCAUGCAAGCACGACAAAAUGGAUCCAACCUUCAGUAGCGUGUUGGACAAUUUCAAUUACUUCUUCACUGCCGUCUUCACCGUGGAAUUCAUCCUCAAACUAUCUGCCUUCAGCUUCAGACACUACUUUGGGGACCCCUGGAAUGUCAUCGACUUUAUCAUCGUGCUUGGCAGUUAUAUUGACAUCAUUGUUAGUAAAGCCAGUUCAGAGACCACGCUGAAAUUUAACAUCAACUUCUUCCGUCUCUUCCGUGUAAUGCGGUUGGUGAAACUCUUGAGCAAGGAGGAGUCUAUCCGGAAGCUUUUAUGGACCUUCAUCAAGUCAUUACAGGCCCUGCCCUACGUUGCGCUGUUGAUCGCAAUGCUCUUCUUCAUCUACGCCGUCAUUGGAAUGCAACUAUUUGGUAAAAUUAGUCUUCAUCAACCCGGUCUGGCACUCGGCGAAGACGGCGUCAUUCAUCGUAGCAACAACUUCCGCAACUUCUUCUUCGCCCUCCUCGUUCUUUUCAGAUCGGCGACUGGCGAAUCCUGGCAGGAGAUAAUGCUCGCCUGCACUCCAGGUCGAAAAUGCGCGGUGGACUCUGAGGAUGGAAGCGAAGGCAUGAAUUGUGGGUCCAACUUGGCAUAUCCCUACUUCAUAACUUUCUACCUCUUCUGCUCUUUCGUGAUAAUCAAUCUCUUCGUCGCGGUUAUUAUGGACAACUUUGACUACCUUACACGGGAUUGGUCAAUCCUGGGACCACAUCAUUUGGAUGAAUUUGUGACCCGAUGGGCUGAGUAUGACCCUGAGGCUAAGGGCCGUGUUCGACAUUUGGACGUAGUGACAAUGCUGGGGAAGAUCAGUCCUCCUCUAGGCUUCGGAAGCAUGUGUCCUCACACUCGAGCCUGUCAUAGCACCAGCUUGGAGUGUGUUCUCGAUAACCCUACUGUCGCAAAUCUCACUAAAUCACAAGCUAUCCACAGCCAAUUUCGGGGUUGGUAUUCAUUUGAGCUGUUUGACCACCGCUAA